UCCGCUCAUGUUAUGAAACGUCAUCACGUAUGCGCCUUCACGGUGGUCAUCGUCGUAGCAAGAAGCUAGCUAGCUAUAUUACUGUCUAUGGCUAUAUCAUUUCACUUUCCUAACUGGAGUAGCUAGUUAGAGAAGGCCACCAUGGUGCUGAACCCUGUCAUUUCCAAGCUCGCCGGUAAACUGGUUGUGCUGGCAAGUGCUUCUCCAAGGAGACUGGAGAUUCUCAGCAAUGCGGGCUUACGGUUUGAGGUGGUACCAUCCUGGUUCAAAGAAACUCUUGACAAGGGACUUUUCAAAGCACCUCACGAGUAUGCUGUUGAGACAGCCAAACAAAAGGCCCUGGAGGUGGCCAGGAGGAUGCCCUUUAAACACCUGAAGACUCCAGACAUAGUAAUUGGAGCUGACACUAUUGUGACUGUAGAUGGCAUGAUCCUGGAGAAGCCAGUGGACAAAGAAGAUGCUUACAGGAUGCUGUCAAGCUUGAGUGGUAAAGAGCACAGCGUCUUCACUGGUGUAGCUAUUGUCGUCUGCCAUGAGAAAGAAAACGAAGAAGUGGAUUACCAGUUGAUUGAGUUCUACGAAGAAACAAAAGUGAAGUUUGCUGAUCUCUCAGAUAAUAUGCUGUGGGAGUACAUCAAUAGUGGUGAACCUAUGGACAAGGCUGGAGGCUAUGGUAUUCAGGCUCUCGGUGGGAUGCUGGUGGAGUACGUCCAUGGUGACUUCCUCAAUGUGGUGGGUUUCCCCCUGAACCACUUCUGCAAACAGCUGGACCUUAUUUACAACCGCUGUACUUCCUCCGCAGACCAAGAAAGUGUUUCUGUCCGGCUGAGCCACAACAGUUCUCACGCAACCUCGAUACUCACUCAGCCCCCACCCGGCCUGCCAGCUCAGUCCAGCCACAGUCCCAGCUCUAAAGCCAAACACAACCCCUCAUCCAGCCCCACACAGAACAGCCCACCGGCCAAUUAUACACACCAUACCCAGAACAGCUCUUCAGCCAAUCCUGUCCAUAAGGUGAAAAGGAAAAGCAGUGAAGGUGAAGUGGAUGAGAGUUCCUGGAUGUUGGUCAACAGCCUGUCUAAACACACAGACGAUAGAGAGGCUGAGUUCAUAUAUAAUACCACAUUACCAUUGGUGGCCAGCAGUGGGCAGGUGAUUGAGCUCAAUGUGACGGAGCAUGAGGACAGUGAACCAAAAAAAGACGACUUGCAGCGAAUCAUUGAUCUGAUGGACGGAUUCAAAGCCUCAAAGGCACUAUUUACCGCAUCCAAGAUGUGUGUGUUUGACCUUCUACAAAGCAGGCCAGGGCUGGAUGCAGCACAGGUGGCUCAGGAGAUCAAAGCCUCUGUGAAGGGCACUGCAUGCCUGCUAGAAGCCUGUGUGUCUCUGGGACUGUUGAAGAGCAAACCGAGAGCAUGCCAGAAGCCAGUGUACGAGAACACAGAUCUGUCAUCGCAUUUUUUGCUGUCAGACGCUCCUUUUUCGCUGCGGGGCUACAUCCAGCAUUGUAACGACACCGUGUGGCCUCUUUUCUCCCACCUUGAGAGUGCUGUGCGGGAGGGAGCCAACCAGUGCGAAAAGGCUUUUGGGAAGACCUCCAAGGAUAUGUUUCAGGAUACUUUCUACAACAGUCAAGAAGCCAAACUGAGAUUCAUGAAUGCCAUGCACAGCAUUGCUAAAGUUACAGGACGAGCUGUAGCAACAGCCUUUGACCUCUCCAGUUUUAAAACUGCCUGUGAUCUUGGAGGAUGCACUGGUGCAAUGGCCUACGAGUUUACUAAAGCCCAUCCUGGGUUGUCUGUGACAGUUUUUGACUUGCCUGCAGUUGUUGAGAUGAGUGAACAUUUCCUUCCUCUGCACACAGACAACAGGGUAUCAUUUGUAGCAGGAGACUUCUUUAAAGAUGAUUUGCCCAAAGCAGACUUGUACAUCCUGGCAAGAAUUCUCCAUGACUGGCCUGAUGAGAAGGUUGGCAUUCUUCUGAGUAAAAUCGCAAAUGCGUGCACUGCAGGCUGUGGACUCCUGCUGAGUGAGAUCUUCUUGGAUGAAGACAGAAGGGGCCCGAGUCGCGGGCUGCUCCAGGCCCUCAGCAUGAGCGAGGGGAAACAGAGUAGCGCGACAGAGUACAGUCUGCUUUUGAAGAGCCAUGGUUUCAUAACAGCACAUGUCAGACAUACAGACAACCUCCUGGAUGCUAUGCUCUGCAUCAAAGCGUGACUGACAACACCCUCAACAACACUUGUGAUAUACUGAUGUGCAAUGCUCAUAGCUGAGACCGUGUUGGACGGACAGACACCCUACUCUGCUCUGCAGUCUCUCAACAUGCUUGCCCAGACUGAGGGUUUGGAGAGGACAGAGAGCCAGUAUGCAGACUUGCUGAGCAAAUACGGAUUUGGGGACAUCCGUGUGGGUUACACUAUGAACUUCCUCGAUGCUUUUAUUGCCAUUAAAAUGUAGCAUCUGCAUCACACACACAAAUCCUCAUGUAUUUCAUUCAUUUAAUUAUGACAGAUGGCCUUUUGAGAUCAUUUGCUUAAGUAAACGAAGUAAUACCACAAUAGAUAAUGCCAAAUUUCACAUAAGUAAAAGUGCAUAAGUAUUAUCAGAAAAAUGUAAUUAAGCACAGUAAAAGGUUCAAGGUUCUUUAUUAUUAUUAUUAUUGUUAUUAUUAUUGUUAUUAGUGUUUGGUAAUGCAAAUCCUUUUUUUUUUAAAUGCACAAGUAAAAGCAAACUCUGAAUCUGAGACAUAGUGCAAGAUAAGAUAUAGGACUAAUAUAUAAACAAAUAAAAUAUAAA